AUGGUUGAAGUAUACUAUCACGAUAACAACGAUACUCCUGAAGAUUUCACCGAAUCACAUAAUUCAGGUAUUCCUGUAUCAUUUGAAAAAUUAUCAUCAAUUGGAGUUAUAUAUAAAAAAAUAACAUCACAAGAAGAACUAGAUAAAUUAGCAAAAGAAAGAGACUACAAGAAUAGGGAUGAAAUUGAUUUAAAUUUAAAAUCUUUUAAUAAUGAUUUAGAUGCAUAUAAUUCAAAAAUGACAACAUUUUAUAAAGAACAUUAUCAUGAAGAUGAAGAAAUUAGAUAUAUAAUUGAUGGAGAAGGAUAUUUUGAUGUAAGAGAUCCAAAUGAUAAAUGGAUAAGAACAAAAUUAAAUAAAUUUGAUUUAUUAAUUUUACCAGCUGGUAUUUAUCAUAGAUUUACUUUAACUAAUGAAUUAAAAUCUAUAAAAGCUGUUAGAUUAUUUAAAGAUGAACCAAAAUGGGAAGCUAUUAAUAGGGAUUCUGGUAGAAAUACUGAAGCAAGAACUAGUUAUGCUCAAAGUAUCGCUGUUUGA